CAGAUUUUGAAUAACCCAUUAAAAUAAGACCGACGACUUUAGAGGAGUUAUAUGAAGAACAAAAGGAGCAGAUAACGGAAAUUCCGCUUUUCUUAAUUCAACUGGGACAAAAGGUGCUUUUAGAUAUCGGGUUUAAGCAGUGAAGAGUCGAAGAUGUUGCCUAACGAAGAACUUGUUCCGGUGAAGAGGAUUACACCCCAGUCAUCGUGGAGUUGGAUUUCCAUAGACGCGACGGGAAAAAAAACGGUGCUUGACGUUGACAAAUAUGUGAUUAUGCACCGUGUUCAGAUCCACGCUCGCGAUCUCCGGAUACUUGACCCAAAUCUCUUUUACCCUUCUGCUAUUCUGGGUCGAGAAAGAGCCAUUGUUCUUAACUUAGAGCAUAUCAAGGCGAUCAUCACUGCCAAAGAGGUUUUGAUUCAGGAUUCGUCAGAUGAAAAUCUUAUUCCAACCCUGGAGGAGUUUCAGACACGCUUAUCUGUUGGAAACAAGGCACACGGUGGUCAAUUAGAUGGUGAUGUGGUUGAAGAAGAUGAAUCCGCGUUUGAAUUUCGGGCACUAGAGGUUGCUUUGGAAGCUAUUUGUAGCUUCCUAGCUGCAAGGACAAUAGAAUUAGAGAAGUCUGCUUAUCCUGCUUUGGAUGAACUUACCUUGAAGUUAACUAGCCGUAACUUGCUAAGGGUUUGUAAAUUGAAGAGUUCCAUGACCCGAUUGACAGCUCAGGUCCAAAAGAUAAAGGAUGAGCUUGAACAGUUGUUGGAAGAUGACGAAGAUAUGGCUGAACUCUACCUUUCAAGGAAGCUCGCGGGUGCAUCUUCACCAGCUAUUGAUUCUGGUGAACACAUUAAUUGGUAUCCUACGUCCCCAACAAUAGGUGCUAAGAUUUCCAGAGCAAAGAGCCAUUUGGUGAGGUCAGCCACGGUUCGUGGGGACGACAAAAAUGAUGUUGAAGAAGUUGAAAUGUUGCUUGAGGCACACUUUUAUGCAAAUCGACAGAACUUUGAACAAAUUAACCGAGCUACGCGAGUAUGUGGAUGAGACAGAAGAUUUCCUUAAUAUCCAGGUUAUGGAAAUUUAUUCUUUAUAUUUUCCAGAACUUUAUUUUUUGAAAAAAGAUUAUUUUCCAGAAUUUUACACAUGUUAUGUGAAAAUGUAAUCUCUCUUGUUUACUAAUAAAUGUAAAUUAUAACCAUCCGUAUCUUGCAGCUAGACAGUAGUCGAAAUCAGCUAAUUAAGUUCGAAAUUAUUUUAACCGCUGGAAGCAUCUGUGUAUCAGUGUACUCUGUAGUUGUUGGCAUUCUAGGCAUGAACAUUCCUUUCCCGUGGAACAUCAAAAAACAUAUGUUCAAAUGGGUGGUGAGCGGCACUGCAACAGUUUGCGCAAUCUUGUUCGUGAUUAUAAUGUCGUUCGCUCGGUACAAAAAGCUCUUUGGUUUUUGACGAUGGAAGGAAUUGAUACUCGUUUAUUGUAAUAAACAAAAAAACUCGUUUAUUGCGCAACAAUUCUUUUUUUGAAACCUUAUCCAGUUAUGAUUUUUU